ACAGCCUCAUGUUACUCGCCCCAACAACCAAACAUGACCUUAGAGGCACCUCUUCGUAAAACUAACUCUCUUCUUUCAAGCCAUUAAUAUUUACUCGUCCCUUCCGAUUCUCUCUGCUUCAUUUUUCAAGUUUCAUGGAUACCCACCUUCUGUUUUUCUCCUCUUUCAACCCCUCUCUUCUCUCCCUCCUACCCACUCAUAAAAAUCUUAUCUUUUCAUAAACCCGUUUGUUCUUGCCUUCGUUCUUCCUCUAUUUUGAUAUAUGUGCCUUCCUCUUCCUCUUACUCGUUUCCCUUUGAUUUUUCUGCCAAGAUUUUCAGCAUAAGACGCAGGCUUUGCAUGUGUCAGCACUUCCCUGCAAGUUUGUUUCAGAAUGAUGACGAAUGGAGCCCAGAAACAAUGGUUUCAGGAGAAGUCUUUUCCUCUCUGAGUUUUUUCUCGCAACAUUGUUGUUAUCCUCUUCAGGCAAAAGCAAUAUCUGUUGAGAAACUUUUGGUCUCUGCUUCUUCCCAUUUCAGAGCUUCUCAUUUCCACCAUGUCAACCAAGAUGAAAGGGAUCUAUAAAAGUCUCAAAUACAUCACCCAAAUCUUUGUUGUGAAGGAGCGCGAGAUUGAAAUAGGGUACCCUACAGACGUUAAGCAUGUGGCUCACAUAGGAUGGGAUGGCCCCUCAGGGAGUGGACCCACUUGGAUGUCUGAAUUUAAAACAGCUCCUGAUUUCUCAACAUCCCUUGGUAAUUUGGAUGAUCGGAGAGAUCCUAAUCCUUUAUCUACCACCAUCAUGCCCCCUCGAGAUAAUGCAGAUUCAAGCCAAUCAUCAUCGAGCAAGUUCAAAGACCAUCAAUCUCACGAGCAUCCUCGUGUUCCUAAAAAGCACAAGCGGAAAAAGGCCAAGUUGGGUUCUGCUAAAUCCUCUCUAACUUCAUCUUCCUCCUCCUCAAAGCAUUCAAGAACUGCAAAACCGACAACAAGUGCAUAUAAUGAGAUGGAAACACCACCACCGGUUGUACAAGUCUAGCCAGGAACAAGAUUCAGUGACAGCAAAGUGAAUGGCAGAAUUCAAGACCUUGUUCAUGCAAGUUAGAAACCAGACAAAAUCUUCCAUUAAUUUCUGUAAAUCCUUGCCAAUUUAAAGAGGAAAAACCAAAAAGAAUGGUGAAGAAGAAUGCUUUGCUGAUCUAGGAUCAUGGGAAUGUGAGAGUUUUUUAUUGUACUGUAUUGAUGGUAAAUUUUUGCAGAUUGAAAAAGAACAGACUUGAUAAUCAGUGAGAGAUGCUCAUGUAACAAAGUCAGCUUGCUAGUAUUUCAUGUGCCAUAUGUGGCAGAGAAAUACUUAUGACUUAUGAGAUCUAAAUGGGGUCCACCUGGAAAGCUAAAUAUCUGCCUUCUAAUGUAUUCACACCUGCAAUAUGCAUGCACCGAGCAAAUUCUCUGAUCCCUGGUGUCUUCUUCGUAGGAUGGAAUUUGAGAGUCUAGUUUCUAUGGUAUUUUUAUGUGAACAUUUGUUGUAUGUGUGAUGUGUAUUAGUUUGGAAUUAAUUCCCACAAGCUGGAGCUUUAA